AUGGCCCAGUUCCUGCGUGGCAAGCAGGCCGGUAUCCAGAAGGACCUGUCCGAUGGCCUAUCGGCGGACUUGUUCCAGCUCGACGACUUCGCACGAUGCGGUGUGAACUCGCAGAUCAGCGCGGUCGCCUACGAUCCCGUCCAGUCCCUCGUCGCCGUCGGAACCAGUGAUACCCAGUUUGGCAGCGGCCAGAUCUAUGUCUUCGGCCAGCGCCGCGUCUCCGUCGUCUUCGAGUUCCCCCGCAAGGCCUCGGCCCGUUUCCUCCAAUUCUGCGCCGACAAGCUCAUCAGCGUCGAUUCCAAGAGUGAAAUUUGCAUCUAUUCACUGGAGACCCGCCGUCGGCUGGCUUCCUAUGCGCCUCCGGGCCAAGCGACGGCCCUGGUGACGGAUCCGAGCCUGGAUUACGCAUUCAUUGGUCUGGGGAAUGGUGAAAUUAUUGCAUACGACCUCGACCGAGAAAUCUUGACGCCCUUCAAGAUCCCGAACCUGUGGCAGGAGCGCAACCCGCGCGCAAGGCUCAUUCCCGUCGUGUCGCUCGCAUUCUCCACCCGGGAUAUUGGUAAAAUCCUCGUGGGUUAUCCCGAAGGCGCAGUGACUUUCUCGUUCAAGCAAAAUAUUGCGCAAAAGUACUUCAUCUAUGAGAUCCCUCCGGGCGCCGUGGGCGGAGACCCUCCAAUGCCGUCCAACACCGUGCGCCGGCCCAGAUUGAUUGAUGCCCUCUGGCAUCCAAACGGGAUAUUUGUCCUUACUGUUCACGAAGAUGGUAGUCUCGUCCUCUGGGACUCGAAAGAUGGCCGCAAGCUCCAUGCCCGCACGAUCGAGACGGUCAAUAUCGACCAGCCAGGCGCUUCUGCCCCCAGACCUGGUUCAUCUGGAGGGCCCAAGCAGCCUAUCGCCAAGGUCACCUGGUGUGCAAAGGAGAACCCUGACGACACCGGUCUGUUGGUGGCUGGCGGUCACUCUGCCGAUGAUGUGAACAAGGGCCUCACGUUCCUGGACAUGGGCACGACUCCCAACUAUCAGACCUCUUCUUGGCAAAUCCUGACGAGCUAUUUUGAACGGCCACGGCAAACCCUGAAUCUUUCGGUCCCCCCAGGUGCGCAAGUCGUCAACUAUUGCCUCAUCCCCCGCACCUCUCCCUAUUUCAGUGGCGCUCACGACCCAAUUGCGAUCCUUGUUGUAUUGUCGUCCGGCGAGCUGAUGACGCUCAGCUUCCCCAGCGGCCACGCAAUUACCUCCACCAACAUGCUUCACCCGUAUCUUUCUCUUGUUCAACCAUUUGUGAACAAGGCAGCCUUGAUACCAGUCGAUCGUUCAACGUGGCUGGGUUUGAAGGAGCGCAGACUGCAGGGACCCAAGUUCUUAAUGGGCGGCGCCGAGGCCAAGGGUCCGCUCAAACGUUUCGAGAACCGCAAUAUCAUGGUGGCCGCACAUGCCGACGGAACCGUUCGCCUUUGGGAUGCUGGGCAUGAUGACGAGAUUGAGAACGGCGACGUGGUUCAGGUCGAUCUGGCACGCGCCGUGGGUCGAGUCAGCAACAUCGAAGUCACCGAAAUAUCCUUGGCGGGUUCAGCAGGCGAGCUGUCACUUGGUCUCCGAAGCGGAGAAGUUGUCAUCUUCCGUUGGGGGAACAACGGCUCAUACGGGCGCGAGGAGGCUGCAGGUACCAAUCAAGGUCCUGGCCAGCUGACACCGGUGGCUCAUCGGACAGACCCUGGUCUGAAGCAGGGCUUGCUCCCACUGACGCUUCUGAAUAUGCAACAAGGGCCGGUGACAGCGCUGAAGCAUAGCCAAGUCGGCUUUGUUGCUGCCGGAUUUGAGGGCGGCAGUUUGGUCAUCAUUGACCUGCGUGGUCCGGCAAUCAUUCACACUGCACGCCUAUCUGACUUCGUCAAGGCGUCUAAGCGAAGCAGUUUCCGGAAGACUCGCGGGUCGGAUGACGCUGCUCCAGAAUGGGCGACCAGCAUCGAAUUCGGCGUGAUGACUCUGGAAGGCGAGGACUAUUCGAGCAUCUGCUGUUUUGUCGGAACCAGCAGAGGGAAUGUUGCGACGUUCAAGAUUCUUCCCGCAUCCAACGGAGCCUACACCGCUUCAUAUGUGGGUGUAUCGGCUCUCGAGGAUAAAGUGAUCAACAUCAUCCCCAUCGACGCAGACACCGGUGCCGAUGCCUCCGCCACGCCCAGUAUAGUGGGCGGCCUGCGAAAUGGCAUGAAAGUCAACGGCGUCCUCAUCGUAGUGACCACUGCCGGCUGCCGAAUCUUCAAGCCCCCAACGGCAAAGGGCGCCCACAAGAGCUGGGAUGAAUACCUCUGCGAUUCAGCCGCCGUUGUCAAGCUCGAGGGCCGGGGCUACAGCCUGGUCGGCCUCUUCGGUGACGGCAAUGCUCGGGCUUUCGCCAUUCCUUCACUGAGAGAUCUUGGCGUAGCCAAGAUCAGUCACAUUGCAGAUAUGCGGCGCCUCCCAGACGCUAGCAUUACCCCUACAGGCAGUGUCAUGGCGUGGGUUGGCCCGUCCGAAAUCGGGCUCUUCAAUGUUUGGGGAUCUGGCCGCGGACUGCACCCAUCAGAAGACCGUCUUUUCAACCCUCAAGCAGUCAUCCCUUCACGUCCUACAAUUACCAACAUUCAAUGGAUCUCAGGCACGCAAUACGUAUCACCCGCCGACAUGGAUAUCCUCAUUUGCGGCCCAGACCGCCCUCCCUCCAGACGAAUGAUGGAGCAGAUGAAACUCGACGACCAAGAACGCCGAAAAGCCGUCAGGGAUGGCCGCCCGUCGCCCGCCGAUCAGCAGGGUGAGGGGUAUUGGUCGUCCAUGACGCGAUCGCUUCAGGAACGCACUGAGCGGCUGGGUCUGGUGGGCGAUCAUAUGGAUAGGCUCGAGGAGAAUAGCAGUAACUUUGCCAAUGAUGUGGGCAAGUUUGUGCAGAAUCAGAAGAGGAAGGCGGCUUUUGGUGCCUUGGGGUCGAAGUUUGGGUUCUAG